AUGGCUUCGCUGUACCAGAGGUUCACCGGCAAGAUCAACACCUCCCGGUCCUUCCCAGCGCCCCCGGAGGCGAGCCACCUCCUGGGCGGCCAGGGGCCGGAGGAGGACGGCGGCGCCGCGGCGAAGCCCCCCGGCCCGCAGGCGCAGGCGGCGUCCCGGGAGCGCGGCGGCGGCGCGGCCGGCCGGCCCCGGUUCCAGUACCAGGCGCGGAGCGACGGUGACGAGGAGGACGAGCUGGUGGGGAGCAAUCCUCCACAAAGGAACUGGAAAGGAAUCGCAAUCGCACUUCUCGUGAUCCUUGUCAUCUGUUCCCUGAUCGUGACCUCCGUCAUCCUGCUGACGCCAGCGGAAGAUAACAGUCUGUCGCAGAAGAAGAAGGUCACCGUGGAGGACCUCUUCAGUGAGGAUUUCAAGAUCCACGAUCCUGAGGCCAAGUGGAUAAGCGAUAAAGAGUUCAUCUACAGAGAAAAGAAAGGAAAUGUGAUACUGCAGAAUGUUGAAACAAAUAUUUCUACUGUGUUAAUAGAAGCCAAAAAAAUUGAAUCAUUAAGAGCCGUCCGAUAUGAAAUAUCUCCAGAUAAGGAGUAUGCCCUUUUCUCAUAUAACGUGGGACCGAUAUAUCAACACUCCUACACAGGAUACUACGUCCUCAGCAAACUUCCUCAUGGGGAUCCUCAAAGUCUGGACCCACCAGAAGUCAGCAACGCAAAGCUUCAGUAUGCAGGAUGGGGCCCUAAAGGCCAACAGCUGAUAUUUAUCUUUGAAAACAAUAUCUACUACUGUGCACAUGUUGGAAAGCAGGCCAUUCGUGUGGUCUCCACCGGGAAGGAGGGUGUCAUUUACAAUGGCCUCAGUGACUGGCUGUAUGAAGAGGAGAUCUUGAAGACCCACAUUGCGCACUGGUGGUCUCCAGAUGGCACGAGGCUCGCCUACGCCACCAUCAAUGACUCCCGCGUCCCCCUCAUGGAGCUCCCCACCUACACUGGCUCUGUCUACCCCACAGUGAAGCCCUACCACUACCCCAAGGCCGGCUCCGAAAACCCCAGCAUUUCCCUGCACGUGAUUGGCUUAAACGGACCCACCCAUGAUCUGGAAAUGAUGCCGCCUGAUGACCCACGCAUGAGGGAGUAUUAUAUCACCAUGGUGAAGUGGGCCACCAGCACCAAAGUCGCUGUGACCUGGCUGAACCGGGCACAGAACGUGUCCAUCCUGACCCUCUGCGAUGCCACCACGGGGGUCUGCACAAAGAAACACGAGGACGAGAGUGAAGCUUGGCUCCACAGACAGAAUGAAGAGCCUGUCUUCUCCAAGGAUGGCCGAAAGUUUUUCUUUGUGAGAGCCAUUCCCCAGGGAGGCCGAGGAAAAUUCUAUCACAUCACUGUGUCGUCUUCCCAGCCCAACAGCAGUAAUGACAACAUCCAGUCCAUCACUUCCGGGGACUGGGACGUGACCAAGAUCCUGUCCUAUGAUGAGAAGCGGAAUAAGAUCUACUUCCUGAGUACGGAGGACCUGCCUCGGAGAAGACAGCUCUACAGCGCCAACACAGUGGGCAACUUCAACAGGCAGUGCCUCUCCUGCGACCUGCUUGAGAACUGCACUUACUUCAGCGCUUCCUUCAGCCACAGCUCAGACUUCUUUCUGCUCAAGUGUGAAGGUCCCGGAGUUCCGACUGUAACGGUGCACAACACAACAGACAAGAAAAAAAUCUUUGACCUGGAAACAAAUGAACAUGUGCAGAAGGCCAUAAGUGACCGACAAAUGCCUAUAAUAGAAUACCGGAAGAUUGAGAUUGAUGACUACAGCUUGCCAAUGCAGAUCCUGAAACCAGCAACCUUCACAGACACUACCCACUACCCUUUGCUCCUCGUGGUUGAUGGGACCCCAGGGAGCCAGAGUGUGGUGGAGAAGUUUGAGGUGACCUGGGAAACAGUUAUGGUGAGCAGCCACGGGGCCUUGGUGGUCAAGUGUGAUGGCCGAGGCAGUGGCUUCCAAGGAACUAAGCUCCUGCAUGAAGUGAGGAGGCGGCUGGGCUCUCUGGAAGAGAAGGACCAAAUGGAGGCUGUGAGGACCAUGCUGAAAGAACAGUACGUUGAUAAAACACGUGUUGCCGUAUUUGGGAAGGAUUACGGUGGGUACCUGAGCACUUACAUCCUCCCAGCAAAGAGUGAAAAUCAAGGUCAGACCUUCACCUGUGGCUCUGCUGUCUCUCCAAUAACAGACUUCAAACUCUACGCCUCUGCGUUUUCUGAACGAUAUUUGGGCCUCCAUGGACUUGACAACAGAGCAUAUGAGAUGACCAAGGUGGCACACCGAGUGUCGGCACUGGAGGGCCAGCAGUUUCUGCUCAUUCAUGCUACUGCUGAUGAAAAAAUCCAUUUCCAGCACACAGCAGAACUCAUCACACAGCUAAUUAAGGCAAAGGCUAAUUACAGCUUACAGAUAUACCCAGAUGAAAGCCAUUACUUUCAUAGCACAUUCCUCAAGCAGCAUCUAUACCGGUCCAUUAUCAACUUCUUUGUGGAAUGCUUCAGGAUUCAGGACAAGCUACCCACUGUCACAACAAAAGAAGAUGAAGAGGAGGACUAAUCGCAAGUCAGCUGGAAGCACAGAUGUGGUUCUUUCUACAACUAUAUGCAACUGAGGAAUGUCCCCGCCCCUGUCUCUUCCCUUCAAGGGUGGGGUGGGGGCAGAGGUGUUCAUGUUCCAUAGCAUGCGUGUCUCAGAUAAGGAAGGCAGCUUUGCUUGGGAAACAAGCUCCUUCCCAGGUGGAGAUGCGCCAUGGUUCGUGAUGGCCUCCACACUGCCUGGAACAUUCCAAAUCAGAAGCAUUGCCUCCUCCUGGCCCUACUGCAGCUGGCACAUCCCAUAGCCCCUUCCCCAAGGAACAAAGAAAGGACAGAUGGUAGCGAGGGCCCACUUGGGGCCCACACGGAACCGGCCCUUAAAUUCAAGCUAUCAAACAGUAGCAUUAAGACCCACCCUCUACAUUAGAGUACUGUGUUCACGUCUUCAGCAUUACAUCCUGUCUGAUAGAACUGUGCCAAGGAAACAAUCAUAGCACAAUUAACAGUGUGUGUCCCUAUACUGGCUCGUUCCUUUCUAUAAUUAGGAGAUUUGACCUUGUAAGGGGCUACCCCAAGAAGACAGACCCUUUUCUGUACAAAGUAUUAUCAUAACAACACUAACAAUUAACCUUAUAAAUUUGUUCUUAUUUCUGUUUGUUUUUUUUUUUUUUAACUUGACAUUCCAUUGUCUCUGGUCAUGGGGUUUGGGA